AUCGACACAAAAAUAACUACAAGGUACAAGUGACCCAAGUACAUCUCUAGUGCGACCCACCAGUAUAACUACGUACGAGUACAUAUUUCUUUUCUUAUCUCCUAGUUCUUUCAACUAGUCAUCUUUCAAAAUGGCUUCCCAUGACGAGAAUGACCAUCUCCCUGAGGAGACGCAGGGCUAUAAGCUCUCUCAGCCCAAGCAGAGCUUAGCUGAAUAUCAGAAUAUGGAUGCCAACGAUGAGUCUCUUCAGCGAUACAAGCAAUCCCUCGGUCUCGGCGGCGGAAAGGAUCUCUCUGACCCGAACGAUCCUCGAGUUUGCAUUAUCCACUCCCUAACCAUGGACUCACCCGGACGUUCUCCCGUUACUAUCGACUUGUCCGCUCCCGGUAGCGAACAGACCCUGAAGGACCGCCCCUUCAAGAUUAAGGAGGGUUGCAAGUUCACCAUGACCGCCACCUUCAAGGUCCAGCACGAAAUCCUUAGCGGUCUGCAGUACGUCCAGAUCGUCAAGCGCAAGGGUAUCAAAGUUAGCAAGGAUUCAGAGAUGUUGGGAAGUUAUGCUCCGAACACAGAGAAGCAGCCUCUGUAUAGCAAGCGCUUCCAGGAGGAAGAAGCGCCCUCUGGCAUGCUUGCUCGGGGCCACUACAACGCUACCUCGAGCUUCGUCGAUGACGACAAGAAGACUCACCUUCAGUUCGAGUGGAGCUUCGACAUCAGCAAGGACUGGUAGACGGCGGUGAAAAAAAAAAAUCGAGUCCAUAGAGAAAAUAUUUUUUCCAUUUGGCUUACGACGACCAAGAUAUUAUGACUGCAGGAAAGAAGAAAAUUUUUCUAAAAUUUCGCUGGAUGUUUCGAGCAUAGCUCAACUCGGACGAUUUGUGUAGCUAAGGGGAUGCAGACAGAACGUUGCGCAUAUAAUAACGAGGCCCAACGAUUGAUUGAGUGUAGAUAGUCCUUA